ACCUAUUAUUUAAUUUAUCACUUGAGUAGCGCUGUGCGGUUGUUUAUUUCGUCCGACAAUGUUUCGCCUUGACGUGUUUUUAACACUUCUGUUAUUACAAGUUUCAAUCUGUGUUUGCGAUGACCCGAUAGUACAGACACCACUUGGUACCGUCAAAGGGUGGUUCAAAAAAUCGGUCGAAGGCAGAGAUUUCGCCGCCUUUGAAGGCAUUCCUUUUGCGAAACCACCAAUUGGUAGUCGACGUUUCGAGCCUCCGGAACCGGUAGAACCAUGGCUUGGAACCUGGAAUGCUGUUCAUCUGUUUGAGUGUGCACAGACCAAUCUAACACAAGCAGAUGUUAUUAUUGGUGAUGAAGAUUGUCUCUACGUCAAUGUUUAUGUACCCCGGGACCUUUUAAGUACUAGGAAAAACCUAGACGUUAUAGUACAUAUCCAUGGCGGGGGGUUCAUGUACGGCAGCGGCCAUAUGUACUCCAUCCCGGAUGUUCUAAUGGACCAAGACGUGGUUUUCGUUACUUUCAACUACCGAGUUGGAAUACUGGGUUUUUUGAGUACUGAAGAUGAAGUCGUUCCUGGAAACAACGGCAUGAAAGACCAAGUUCUGGCCUUGAAAUGGGUUCAAAACAACAUUGCAAGUUUUGGUGGUAACCCUAAAUCUGUAACUCUGACUGGAUUAUCCGCUGGUGGCGCAAGCGUCCACUUGCACUUUCUUUCUUCGCAGUCCAAAGGUUUGUUCCGCCAAGGAUUUUCCCAAAGCGGUGUGGCUCUUAACUCCUUUUCGCUACAAAAAGAACCACUGACUAAGACAAAAAUUUUGGCAAAAGCAGUUGGAUGUCCGUUUUCGUGCACGAAAGCUAUGGUGAAGUGUUUGAAGCAAAAACCAUACAAGCAUCUUCUAGACACAAUGAAAUUGUUCUUUGGAUUUGGGACGUUACCCGUAGCCCCGUUUGGGCCCGCAGUGGAAAAAGGUCCCGACGCGUUUUUGCCAAAACACCCAUAUGAAAUUUUAGCCAGCGGGGCUGUGAUUGACGUGCCCGUGAUUUUUACAAGUUGUGCCCAUGAAGGAUACAUUCCGAUGCUAUUUUCCGGUGAUGCUUUUGACACCUUUGACAAGGACUGGGAAACUUUAGCGCCAAUAAUUUUGGAUUUUAAUUACACGCUAGACCAUUCUCUGUGGGCUAGUACUGCUAAAAAAAUCAGACAGUACUACUUCGGGGAAAAGAAGAUGGAUAAAGAGGCGAUCAUGGAAUUUACGAAGAUGAUUGGGGAUAGAAUGUUUCUUGUAGAUUCUGAAAAAUCGGUCAAGCUACAGGCUAAAGCUGCCACUUCGCCUGUCUAUUAUGGUUACCUUUCAUAUCCGGGUGAUGACGAAAACAUGAAAUUUGUUCCUCAUGGAGCCGACGCUAGGUACUACUUUGGGCCGGUUUUUGAUCCAAGACCUCUAACUGAGAAAGAUCUAAAAGUAAGAAAAGUCCUUGUGGGGAUGCUAAUUUCGUAUGCCAAGACGGGAGUCCCGAAAAUUGAUGGAGUGGAAUGGGAGCCAGUGGAAGGUGACAAAUUAACGUAUUUAGACAUUACCGGACCUAGAAAAGACGAUAUUAUUUUAAAAACUGUCGACGAACUCACUCCGGUGAAAUUUUGGACGUCUUUGAAUCUGGCUGAAAACGAAAAUUUAAUGCAUAUCAAAGAUGAACUCUAAUUUAAGUAGUGUUGUACAAAAUUCAAUAAAAGCACUAUGACGAAA